AAAGAGAGUAGAUAGCGUUUUAGUAAGAAAAAUAUAUUUUUCUAAUUCAGAUGACGAUUAAAUCUUAACAAAUAAUUUUGAAUAUUUUAUGACCUAAUAAUGAGAAAAUGAGAUAGAAUUCUAGAAUAGCAUAUGAUGUUUACCAUACUUACAUACCAAUAAUAUUUCCCUUUUAAAAAAAAUGAAAAAGGAAUAAGAAAAAAAAGAUAAAGAGUAUCUAAUUAUACAAGCCGUAGGAUGAAUCAAACAAAAUCCAACCAUUUGAUUAACUUGGAAAGUUGAAUCUGAACCGUCCAAAAAUUACAAAAAAUUCAAUUUCAAAACCUCUGAAACUGAGAGGGAGAGAGCCAGAAAGCAAAGCCCCUCUCUCAUUCUCCUCCUUCUCCUUCAAAUCCCCUUUUCUUCUCACUUCUUUCACUUUCUCUCUCCUCAAAUUCCCUCCUUUUUUUCUUCUCUCCUCAGCUUAAAGAUCGCACCUUUAUCCAAUUUCAUCACUCGAACAUUCUUGGGUAAAUUCUCGAUUUUUGUCCAGCUUUGAAAGGAUUGUAAUUUGUGUGAUUUUAUUCGAGUUUGUUUGGUGAUUUUCUGGGGUUUUUCUUGGAAUUUCGAUCAAAAAGGUGGUGAAUUUGGUGUUUUUUCAAGGGUAGUUUACGGAAAUUAAGCUCGGAUUUUGAUUUCGUUGUGUAAUUUUAAGGUUUAGUGUUUUUUGAAUUUUUUGGUUUUCCCUAAAAUUGGAGAACGAAAUUGAUUGAUUGGGGUCAAUGGAGGAGAGAGAUGAAGGCGGGAAUUCGCUUCCGAAAUCGAGUAUGGCUACUGAUAUACCGGCGAAGAAGCUCGCUAGGCAGCUUGAUUUCACCUCCAUUAGUGGCGCGUCUCAGCCACCUACCACCUCAGUAGUUCAGCCUCCUUCUACGCCAUCAGCGCAGCCUCCAUUGCCUCAGCCGCCUUCGCAGCAGCUGAUGAUUACGCCUUCGCAGCAGCCACCUGCUCAAACGCCACCUCUCCCUUCAAUGCGAGUGGUAAAGCCAGAAUCCCCUAAGGCACGAUCACGGCCUACUGUUGAAACCAAAGAUGGUACUCCAAAGAGGCAGAAGCAGUGUAAUUGUAAACAUUCACGAUGCUUGAAGUUGUAUUGUGAGUGCUUUGCUUCUGGAGUUUACUGUGAUGGGUGUAACUGUAAUAAUUGCUGUAACAAUGUCGAGAAUGAGGCUGCUCGAAGAGAUGCUGUUGAAGCUACUUUAGAACGUAACCCAAAUGCAUUUCGACCAAAAAUUGCAAGCAGUCCACAUGGCAUUAGAGACCGCAGGGAAGAUGCUGGAGAUGUUGUGGUGGCGAAGCACAACAAGGGAUGCCAUUGCAAAAAGUCAGGGUGUCUGAAGAAAUACUGCGAAUGCUUUCAAGCUAACAUUCUAUGCUCUGAAAACUGCAAAUGUAUUGAUUGCAAAAAUUUUGAAGGAAGUGAAGAGCGGCAGGCUCUUUUCCAUGGAGAACAUGCAAAUAACUUAACUUACAUGCAGCAGGCAGCCAAUGCUGCUAUUACUGGAGCUAUUGGAUCAUCUGGUUUUACUUCUACACCCAAUUCCAGGAAACGAAAGGGCCAGGACCUCUUAUUUGGACCAGCAUCUAAAGAUCCGUCUCUUUCAAGAGUUGGGCAAUUUCAGCAGGCAAACCAUGUCAAAACAUCAGGACCGUCUGCAGUAUCUUUAAGCCCUGCUUCUCGAGCUGCUAAUUCUGUUUCACUAGGUGCUUCAAAGUUUACAUACAGGUCUCUCUUAGCCGACAUCAUCCAACCACAAGAUGUGAAGGAGCUUUGCUCAGUUUUGGUAGUUUUAUCUGAAGAGGCUGCCAAAACAAUUGCAGAAUCUAAUAAAGCUAACGAAAAGCGGGCAGAUGAUGGAGGAGAAAAUCAACAGGCAUCAACUCAGGACAGAUUUCAGAGUCAAGAUGAUUCAGAUGUGAAAACCGUACCUGAUGGUUCUGUCAGUGGUAAUCAAACUGAUCGAAUAGUCCCUGACGAUUCUAAUUUAGAUGGGAAUGAUCAACCGAAAUCCAGGCCAAUGUCUCCUUUGACACUAGCUUUGAGGUGUGAUGAGCAAGAUACAAUGUUCAUGGCUGCGGGUUCUCCGAGUAGGUUAGGCAACCAUGUCCAUGCGUCAUCUUCACAAUGUUCAGAGCAGAGCACUUCAGAGGUGUAUGCCGAGCAAGAGAGAAUCGUUAUGACGAAGUUUAGAGAUUCCCUCAACAGCCUUAUUACAUUUGGAGAGCUAAGAGAGACAAAACUUUCUUCCUUAGCUAGAUCGAAUUAUACAAGCUUUCAAGAAACCGGCAAUGGCACUGCCAAAUUGAGAACUGAUGGUCAGAAUCAGCAAGAUCAUAACAAUGGUGUAGCUAAACCUGUCAUUACAGCACCAAUCAAGACUCCUGCAAUGAUUGCAGCUACCAUUACUGCUAUUCCGUCCAAUAAUCAUAUCAGCCAAAAUCCUCCUCUGACUGAAAAUGGUGAUGUAAAGCCAAGCAUCUAAAAGGACUAUAAUUAUAUACAUAAACGAAUUGGAGAUUGCACUGACAAGCCCAAGCUGCUGUGCUGAUACAAGAUGGUGAUGAUGUUUGUAGUCAUUUCACUGUCAGAAUCUCCCUAAUUUAAACAACUGACAAAUGUCAUUGUAGUUCAAGAUUAAAAUUUCCAAAGGAUGUAAAAUUGAUAAUUUGUGUACAGGCACUAGUAUCUUGUAUUGGUAGAUGCUAGUGUUUUUUUUCCGGUCAUUUAGUUUAGCCUAAGAUGGAGCAGAUUUUUUUUUACUUUGUGCUCUUUAUAAGAAUUUGCUGUUAUGUAUAACAAGCAGCCAAUCAUUAUACAAUAGCAUUGUACAUGGGAUAUCUGCUUACCUUCCUUUCACUAUAAAGGUGAAAUAGUAGUUGAUUUUUCCAUUACAAUUUCAA